UUGUGUUGUAUUUUGUGAUUUUCGGCCGAAGUAUUUAAAACAAAAGUGCAGCGGAAAUAGUUAAUAACAAAAUAUUAGUCGACGGUAGCGGUGUGCUUAUUCCCGUGCUCUUCGCGACUCAACCCUUUACUCUUCCUCGCCAGCUGUUGCACAUACAGCAACAACAAAAACAACAACAGUUAGCAAAACAAAAACAAACACGAAACACACAGGAAAAAAAUCAAAGUAAAAACAAGAAAAAUCGGCGAGAAAAGCCGCAAAAUAAAGCAAUAAACAUGAGUAUCGAUUCCCUGAAAAACGAGUGGGAGGAGCUAGCUAAGGAGUACUCCGAACUUGAGCGUUGCAAUGGACGGUACAUUGAGCUGCUGGAGCAGCAGCAUAGCCACCAACAAAUCUGCUUUAAUGAGAUCAAGCAUCAGCGGUAUCGCAUGAACCAGAUAACGGCGUCUCUGCGACAGUUCAAAGGCUCAGUUUCGUCGGAGGAUAAGGAGAAGGUGGAUGAACUCCAAAAGAUGAUCUUGAAGCGCAAGGCGCAACUGCAUGAAAUCGAACAAUCCUUGCCAGCAAAAUCCGGCCGCUAUCUGCAGAUAAUCUUGGGCGAUGUGAAUGUCUCGAUUCUCAACAGAAACGACAAAGUUCGCUAUAAAGAUGACUAUGAAAAGUUUAAAUUAAUACUCAACGUAAUUGGACUGAUAAUGGCCUUCUUAAAUUUGAUAUUCAACUACAGGGCUCUGGAGCUGGCCUUCAUAUUUCUGCUGGUCUGGUAUUAUUGCACACUGACCAUCCGCGAGUCCAUUCUCAAGGUUAACGGUUCUAGAAUCAAGGGGUGGUGGCGGGCGCAUCACUUCAUCUCCACGGUAGCCGCCGGUGUUCUAUUGGUUUGGCCGCAGGGCGAGCAUUGGCAGAUUUUCCGAAUGCAGUUCAUGUACUUCAACGUCUAUAUUAGCAUCGUCCAAUAUCUGCAGUUUGGCUACCAGAAGGGUCUUCUCUAUCGGCUAAAGGCCCUGGGUGAGCGACACAACAUGGACAUCACCAUCGAGGGCUUUCACUCUUGGAUGUGGCGUGGCCUGAGCUUCUUGCUGCCAUUUCUGUUCAUUGGCUAUGGCUUUCAGGCGUACAACGCUUGGACGCUCUACAAGUUGGCCUACAGUCCAGCAGAUGCGCCAUGGCAUGUGUCCGUGAUGAGCGGACUGUUCCUGUUGCUGUUCGUGGGCAACAUGGCUACCACGCUGUGGGUGGUGCCCGAAAAGAUUCGUGAAAGGGCCAAGGAGCGUUACCGUCUCCAGAGCAUGGGCAAAUCGAUGAAACUGCGCAAGGAGAUGAAGAAUAGUGCCAGUGAUUUGGACCUAUCGAGUGGAUCGAAACUUUCUCCGACUGCGGUUACGACUACUUCCAUUGCGACUGCAACGCAAACACCCGCCGACAAGAAGGAAAUUUAAACAAAUCGAUGGUUCUGUUUAGCCUGGCAUUUCAAUGAAACAUAUAUAUAUAUAUAUAUAUAUAUAUAUAUAUAUAUAUUUAAUGUUUUUACGAUUUUUUUUUUUCCUAUUUAUUAACUUUUUUCCCUUGGUUUUGUUCCUCUCCAACCUGAACCACCCAAAACAAAAACAAAACAAAAAACGACAUUGAACUAAGCUUUUUUCCCCAUUUCAUACACAUAAUGUAAAACUGAUGUACAUUUGAAGCAGAAACAACACAGCAUAAGCAGAAAAAAAAAAAACAAACAAUAUAUAGUCAUAAUACACAUACUUUUUUUUCGCCUAAUUGUAAGUAUGAAAAGUGAGAAGAUGAAAUAUUAAAUGGAAUUGAAGUGA